AUGGCGUCCACCGGGUUUGCGCCCGCUCUUCCCCAGAUCCUCGACGUGGACGAGCGGUCACGGCUUCUGCCCGAUCUCGACGAUGUCCUGAGCUCUGUUGGCGACGAUGGCACCGUGGCCGGCGACGACGACGAGUCCCGGCGCUCACAAGCAAGCCCCUGCCCGGCCAUUUCGUGCUCCAGCCAGCUGACUGGCCCGACCAAGGUCUUCCAAGUACCGCUCAGCGGCGACAACAAAUCGGUGCUCGAGUCGUGGACCAUCACAUACCACGCGCGGACGAAAAAGGUGUCUGCCUGGUACCACUGGCUGGGCAUCUGCUGGUGGCGGCGGACCGAGGCCGAGGACUCGCACGUGCUGUCGGUGGUGCCGAACGCGCACUUCUCGCAGGCGGAGCUAGGCGUAGUGUGCGCCAACGACCAAGCGCAGUACGCAGCGUCGUGCAGGAAGAAGUCGGCGACGGCGGGGCACGGGGCGGACCUGGAGCGGCGGCUGCGCAAGCUGGACUGGAAGGUGCAGGACGAGAUCUACGACCUGCUCAACGACCGGGUGCAGAGCAGCAGCAACGCGUUCCGCCGGCGCGACUGGAAGGUGGUGGUCCUGGUCGAGGUGCCCGGCGGCGAGAUGACCGACGCGGCGGCACAGGCGCUGAUGGCGCCGGGGAGAACGCACAAGUCACAGCUGAGGAGGAAGCGGCUGCUCCGGCCGCUGCUGUCGAGAAAGAAGCGACCCAGCAUGCCCAUCACCGAGUAUCGCCUGAUCUUGCGCGGGACCGAGACUAAGGCUAACGACGAGGGCUGGGGGUCGCACAACCGAUACAGCCGCCCGUGGAGAGCUGUCGACGAGAAGGAACUGGCCGACAAGAGGCUGUCCAAGGAAACACAAGGGAACGAAAACAGGUGGUCAAAGGAGACACAUGUUGGCGACAAGUACGUCGACUUUUGA